AUGUUGAGACUUUCUCACAGCCCCUUAUCUCUUCCCGGCCGCAGGUUUCCCGAGAGCCUUUAUCUGAAUGACGUAGAGGGAUGGUUUGUCCUGGGGGGCUCCAAGUACAUCCUGGGGGUGCAGGGAUUUUUCAGCCCCUCCAGCUACUACAGGAGCAGCACCCAGGCCUCAUUGCAGACUGAACCACCAAAGCUCUUGCAACACCUGGAUCUGCCCCAGUGGUUUGCCACGUGCCAAGAGUUUAAGGACGCUGUUUUUGCCCGGCUGCCUCUCUACCAAAUCCAGCGAGCUUGGAAGCUUUGGCAAGCGGUCUCCUCCCCUUAUAACACUGACUCCUGGAGCGCUGAGGCCAUGCCUGUGUGGCUCUUCUGCCCUGUGUACAGCACUAAGUGCAUGACUGGCACUGAAGACAUGUCGUUGUGCGGGACUGGGCAGGGGUGGGGGAAGAAGAAACAUGCCAUCCCGAAUACGAGGCUCUUGCUGUGCAGCAGAGGACAAGCUCUCCUGGGGAGCCACGCUGUUGGCAGUGGGAAGCCCCGUAUUCCCGCCGGCGAGAAGCCGUAUACACCCUUCUGCAGCGGGCAGUUUGGAGAAGAGUUCGUGAACAUGGAGACCGUGGCCAGCGCACUCUUCCAAAGGUUUGAGAAGCGAGUGGCAGGUCUACAGGAUCUGGCCCAUUUGAACAACUUUUACCCCCAGCUGCUGCAGGCCGGAUGCCUGGGAUACUCCCGAGCCCUCUAUCUCAUCUCCACCCCGCACCGGACUGGCUUGGGACUGCCCUUGGACUCCACCAAGGCCCUGAAAUUUGGUCUUCUCUCCGCCCAGGCGGACGAUCGUCUUUCCGGAAUGCAGCUGGGCCACAAACACCACCUGGGGGUGGAUGGACUUCCUGUGGACCACGACCUCUCUUACGCCUACUACGCCAACGUUGCAGCCCAGACCGUAGCUGACCGGGAGCUGUCCAGGGAGGGGCAGGGGUCACCACUAGUUGUCUUUGACUUGACGGUGCUCUCCACCACUACCAGAGAAGAAACAUGCCAUCCCGAAUACGAGGCUCUUGCUGUGCAGCAGAGGACAAGCUCUCCUGGGGAGCCACGCUGUUGGCAGUGGGAAGCCCCGUAUCCCCGCCGGCGAGAAGCCGUAUACACCCUUCUGCAGCGGGCAGUUUGGAGAAGAGGUGACCAGUUCGUGAACAUGGAGACCGUGGCCGGCGCACUCUUCCAAAGGUUUGAGAAGCGAGUGGCAGGUCUACAGGAUCUGGCCCGUCUGAACAACUUUUACCCCCAGCUGCUGCAAGCCGGAUGCCUGGGAUACUCCCGAGCCCUCUAUCUCAUCUCCACCCUGCACCGGACUGGCUUGGGACUGCCCUUGGACUCCACCAAGACCCUGAAAUUUGGCCUUCUCUCCGCCCAGGCGGACGAUCGUCUUUCCGGAAUGCAGCUGGGCCACAAACACCACCUGGGGGUGGAUGGACUUCCUGUGGACCACGACCUCUCUUACGCCUACUACGCCAAUGUUGCAGCCCAGACCGUAGCUGACCGGGAGCUGUCCAGGGAGGGGCAGGCCUUUGUGGAGCACAUCCGGCUGAUUGACGAGGACGCCCUCAAGCUGCAGACCAAAGAGAACGAUGACCUCUUUGUGUGGCUGAGGUUCCAGGCUCGGAGAGGCAUGGCCGAGGCUCAGCAAGCGGUGAGCAGGAUGUUGUUCUGGGGGCAGCAAGGAAUCUCCAGCAAGCUGAAGGAAGCGGUGAAGUUCUACGAGAAAGGAGCCGCUCGGCUCAAAGACCCCACCCUGAUGUACGACUAUGGAGUGGUGCUUCUGAAGGGCCACGGAGUGAAGCAGGAUAUCCCCAAAGCUCUGGACUUGCUCAAUCAGGCAGCGGAGCAGCUCUCACAGCCUUGGGAUGGUAUUACCAGGUCUUUGAGAAUGACUACAGGAGGGCCGUGGAGUUCUGGGAGAAGGCCGACGAGAUGGGGGACCCCGUGGCCCCCUCCAACCUCGGGGCCUUCUAUGCCUACGGCCAGUACCCGGGGAAAGACAGAGAUGAGGUUUCCCGAGAGCCUUUAUCUGAAUGACGAAGAGGGAUGGUUUGUCCUGGGGGACUCCAAGUACAUCCUGGGGGUGCAGGGAUUUUUCGGCCCCUCCAGCUACUACAGGAGCAGCACCCAGGCCUCAUUGCAGACUGAACCACCAAAGCUCUUGCAACACCUGGAUCUGCCCCAGUGGUUUGCCACGUGCCAAAAGUUUAAGGACGCUGUUUUUGCCCGGCUGCCUCUCUACCAACUCCAGCGAGCUUGGAAGCUUUGGCAAGAAACAUGCCAUCCCGAAUACGAGGCUCUUGCUGUGCAGCAGAGGACAAGUUCUCCUGGGGAGCCACGCUGUUGGCAGUGGGAAGCCCCGUAUCCCCGCCGGCGAGCAGCCGUAUACACCCUUCUGCAGCGGGCAGUUUGGAGAAGAGGUGACCAGUUCGUGAACAUGGAGACCGUGGCCGGCGCACUCUUCCAAAGGUUUGAGAAGCGAGUGGCAGGUCUACAGGAUCUGGCCCAUUUGAACAACUUUUACCCCCAGCUGCUGCAGGCCGGAUGCCUGGGACACUCCCGAGCCCUCUAUCUCAUCUCCACCCUGCACCGGACUGGCUUGGGACUGCCCUUGGACUCCACCAAGGCGGACGAUCGUCUUUCCGGAAUGCAGCUGGGCCACAAACACCACCUGGGGGUGGAUGGACUUCCUGUGGACCACGACCUCUCUUACGCCUACUACGCCAACGUUGCAGCCCAGACCGUAGCUGACCGGGAGCUGUCCAGGGAGGGGCAGGCCUUUGUGGAGCACAUCCGGCUGACUGACGAGGACGCCCUCAAGCUGCAGACCAAAGAGAACGAUGACCUCUUUGUGUGGCUGAGGUUCCAGGCUCGGAGAGGCAUGGCCGAGGCUCAGCAAGCGGUGAGCAGGAUGUUGUUCUGGGGGCAGCAAGGAAUCUCCAGCAAGCUGAAGGAAGCGGUGAAGUUCUACGAGAAAGGAGCCGCUCGGCUCAAAGACCCCACCCUGAUGUACGACUAUGGAGUGGUGCUUCUGAAGGGGACUGUGACCGUGCCUGUAGUGCCGUGGACAGGAGGCUGUUCCAGACAGCAGAGCCUUAUUUCCACUGCAAGCCACAAUGGGAAGUGAGUCACCCGUUGACCACACAAGCUUUUGUCUCCAGGGCCAAGGAGUGAAGCAUGAUAUCCCCAAAGCUCUGGACUUGUUCAAUCAGGCAGCGGAGCAGGGUUUCCUCCCAGCUCUCACAGCCUUGGGAUGGUAUUAUCAGGUCUUUGAGAAUGACUACAGGAGGGCCAUGGAGUUCUGGGAGAAGGCCGACGA